CUGAAGUCAGCAGGAAGGGAACGGCACAACUCCAGAUCAGUGGAAGUGUGAGACUUUAAGGUAUCUUCACCUCUACUGAAGCCGGUGAGAAGAAACUAUGUCAGUAGGUAAAGCAGGAUCCAACCAGGGUCUGGAGGGCUCAGUGAUUUGUCUAGAAUGUAGACGCACGUUUCCGUCUUUUGUCAACUUUGAACUGAAGACGGAUGGCAGGUUAGAUUUCCAAAUGGAACUAUUUGAAGAUAACAAAGAGGAAUCACCCUUUGUCAUUCAGAGAUUUGCCUAUAAGCAACAGGAUGAUUUGAAACAAAGAUGCACAGUGAAGUGUCCAUAUUGUCUAAUGACGUUUGAGCUGACCAUUCACCUUACCAGGACUAUUGAAGAGAGCCAAUUCAAAAUUAAACUGUCCGUCACAACUUGUGGGGGUGAAAAAGAGGAAAAGGGAAAAACACCAAGAGGACAAAAAGACCCAUCAGAAAAAACAGGCUUAGCCUUACCUGCACUACGCAGAGUGAAGGUUUCCUUUAAGUGCUCUGGUGAGACAUUUCGUGGUGAUGAUCAAGUGAAGGAACAACUGGACAAACAGCAGACACUUCAUGUCCAGGAGACAAACCUGAAAGAUUCUGACGUCGUCAUUGUCUUCUGUCCAAUCACAUCCCGUGUUGGAUCAGACGUGGAGUCAACCAUGAGAGAUGAAAUGGUGUCAUCACUGAACAAACCAAUCAUCUUGGUUCUGAUGCAUCACACCAGAGACUUCGAGUAUUCAACUGCAGGAACAAUCUGGUCUGAAGUUUAUCCAAAUGUUGUUCUUGAUGUUCAUGUUCUGUUCCAUGAGACCAAACCAGGAUUAUUGAAAUGUAGACAAAAUGAGGAGGCUUUUGAGAUUAUUAAAAAAGAGCUAAAUAAACAUUCAAAGCCAGCCAUUGGAAUGUUAACACACCAUCAGCCUCGUUGAGAAUGUUACGAAACAGGAAAUAUUCAGUUAGCAGCAACUAUCUGGGGAGAAAUGUUGAGUAAAUGUCAGAAGGAGAAUGAAUAGACUGGUUUAAGAUGAUAGAAAUUAAGCAGUAGCUCUUUAACCACUUAUUAAAAUCCAAAUAUGUCUAACAUACAGUUUCUGAAGACACAACAUGUUGAAUCAUAAAGCAAAUGGACUAUAGCAACAGAAGAGGAAACUCCUACUAGCCCAGAACAGGAAGCACCAACAGAGCAUUAUUUAAACACCACAGCCUACCGAAUUAUGAUUCCUGACCAUGUCCACUCCUUUAUGAUCACAGGUUACCCAUACUCUGAUGGCUACUUCCAAAACCGUAACUACAUUACAUUACGAAUUUAAAAUAAUUGUAAUCUGACAACUAACACUUCAAGAUGACAAGAUCACUCUAAGAUCUCAGUCCAGGUGCGUUGGGAUGUAGUGGAAUGGGAGACUCAUGUCGCUGUAAGGCUGAAAUGAUUAAUCGGGUUAAUCAUAAUGGAUUGAUAAUUGUUCAUUACGCUUAAUGAAUUAAUUUAAUAAUUGAUUAACUGGAGAAUAGAUACUCUAAAAAAGAUAAUUUGCUGAAAGAACAACACCCUCAGCUGUAAUUCAGCCAAAAUUGUACAAAAAAUAUAAACAUUUAAGAUAAAAAAAUAAAAACCUUUGUAAACACUUCCACCCAGAACUCCUCAAGUUGCAUCUUUAGCUUAAUUGGUUCCAAAUCUGUAAAAAAUAAAAUAAACUAUAAAGCACCUUUUGCUGUCCAGUUAUUAACCAUUUCAAAUGUUAUUUUAUUUCAAACAGGAAUUGAAUUGUUCAUUUGCAUCUUUUGAUAUAUUUCUAAUGCAUAAAAAAAACGUAAAUAAAUGAAAAAGCUGCAGAAUGUGCUAAUUUUUUUGCUACGUAGUCAAUUCAAAAUCAGAAUUAUUGAUAGAUUAAUCGACUACUAAAAUAGUCGCCCUACAUAAUUGGUUUGCGGCUAAUAAAUCUGCAUCACCACUUGCUGCUAUCAUAUAAUUAUGGACCAAAAUCCUUCCAUUGUCUAUACCAGCUUAUUCAUUAUCUGGAUCAUAAGGGCAUCAUUAGAUAAGAGGUGGGGUAUUUCCUGGACAGCUCAACAGUGCUUCACAGGGCAAAACAGAGACACUAAAGACAAACAUCCAUGCAUGCAUUAACUUAGUCCUGCAGAAAAUGAAAUGACUAAUUAACCUAGCACACUUUUUUAAGUCUGUGUGAGGAAGCUGCUGGAGCACCCAGAGAGAUCUUACACAUGCAGGAGUGAGAAGAUGGAGCUGCAUUGUGAAACCUCCUAAAAUCUGUUUCAUUUGUGCAGUUCUGAGAACACUGUGUCAUUCUGAUACUAUUACUGUGUACCUAAUAAUGUAACCGGUGGGUUUUUAUGCCGUCUAUUCUACUGAAGGAAGAAAAAAUUUUGAAGUGGAUGAAAAUCUUUUGCUUUGCUUUCUGCUUAUAUUUCAGUAUGCUGUGACAUAUAAGGAUGUUAGGAAUGGAGUAUUUGGUCUUUUGUUCUUAUGUUUUUAUUUGAUAUUGUUUUAAUAUUAUCUCAAGAAAACCAAUCUGUGACUAUGUAAACAUGUCACAGAUUGAAAAAAAAAAAUGCAUAAUUUCUAAUAUUUUUGUCAGAAUCUUUGAUUAUUUUUAGGGUUCUUCUGGAUUUUUAGUAAUUGUUAUCUGUGUUCUUAGCUAUUUUUUGUUCUCAGCCUGGUUUCUGUUGUGAUUCUGUCUAGUUUUGGUUAUUUUAGUUGGAUUACCUUUAAUAUUUAUUUAUUUCUUGCGUUAUUCUUUGAAACAGAUUCCUGUUUUGCCCAUUGUUUUCCUCCUCCAUACUCCUGUGUACCAUCUCCAUUCUCCCUCCCUCUCACCAUCUCACCUGUUUUUGUCAAUAAUCAAGAGCUUCUGUUUACAAGCCCACCUUUUUAUCCAUUAUUUCCUGAGUUGCUCUCUGUUGCCAAUUAUCCCAUGUGUACUUUGUAAAUAAAAUUUUUUUUCAUAACAGUAAUAUCACUACUAUCUUCAACCUCUCUGUCCGUCUGAAUUACUUUAAGUACUGUGUCGUUCUAUUACUUUUAUGUAAAUCUGGAGUGAAACUACUUCUCAAUAACUGUAUAACUGCAUGUGUACUUAUUCUAAUGUUCACUGUAUGAAAUAUGCCAAUGCCUUUCUACUACAAAUUAAUUUUAUCAUGGGAACAAAGCAGGUAUCAUCAACUAGCAGAAUUGUUUUUUAUUAACAUCCAAAGAUAAUAAUCAUUGAAGGAAAAAAAAAAUUUAAUUGUAUAUUCACAAAUUACACUAAAACAGGUGUGUAAAAAAUGUUUUGAAGGAUUUUAAAUAUUCUUCAAAUGAAAGAAUCCUGUAAGAAAACAUGUCACAACGAACUUCUGAAAUAUUUUUAGACUCUGUAAAUAAGAGUUUUCUGAAUUUUUUUUUUUUUUUACAUUAAAAUUGUCCUGUCAGUAUAUGAGCUGAAUAAUCUGUGAAAAAAAUUUAUCUCCCCUGCACUCCAAAAGACCUCAGCCUCCUCAGUGGGUAGAUUAUGACUGACAGUGAUACCAAGAAUGCAUUUCUGUAGAGUGCAAUAGUAGCACUGGGAGAAUAUGGAAAAUCUUGCUCUGGUUAUUUGUUUGUUUAUUUUUCCCCACAGAUUAUCUCUCCCACUGUACUGUGACAACAUAGUGACAGUUUUUAACACGUCUAAAGUAAAUAAAUGUAGUGAACUAUCAGAACUUAAACAGUGUGUAGAUAACUCUUGUUGUUUGAGAGUGCUAAGAUGUUCAAUAAACCUAAUGAACUUUAGUUUCUGAGUUAGAACAAAAAAAAGUUUGUUGUUUCCCUUGCAUUUCCAAGGCAGCAGGUGAAUUUUUGUUUCCUUUAACGCCUUCGAAUGUUUAACAGUGCAGUUUGCUUGUUCUGGUUUUGCUGUAAAACUUUGCCACCUGUCAGUGUUCAGUGUUUCGUCAUCAUUUAAUGGUGUAUUUUCUGUUAUUAACCUAGACUAAACAGAUUAAAGCAGAAUAUCAUUUUACUAAAUAAAAUCAGUCAGUUAAGCA